AGAGUCUCGUAUCCCCAUGUUAUAUUUCGAUAUCCCCCACGCGCUCACUGUCACGCUCCAUCCCUCACCCUCAAACCCUCGCGCUGUCUGUCUAUCUCCAUUUAUAGAGCUGUCAAGCAAAAGCCUCUCCAUUAAUACUUACUUCUCUCGUCUUUUCUAUAAUACUGCUCUGUGCAGAUUCUCGGUUCUUUAAUUUAUAUCUAAUUCUAGUUCUUGCUCAAUUUUCUUGCCAGCCAAACGGCAACUAUGUCGACAACAACAGAGGGGAAACGACACCGUAUAGGCUAUGCGUUAGCACCAAAGAAAGUUCAAAGCUUUAUCCAACCAUCACUAAUUAACCAUGCGAGUAGUCACAACAUCGAUCUAAUCCCAAUUAACCCUUCAGAGUCACUAAUCGAACAAGGACCGUUCGAUUCCAUCAUCCACAAAUUGUACGGUACUGAUUGGAAAAAACAACUGGAGAAAUUCUCUUUACAAUACCCUAAUGUCCCAAUUAUCGAUUCUCCAGAAGCAAUUGAGAGGCUUCAUAAUAGAAUUUCUAUGCUUGAAGUAGUGAAUCGGUUGAAAAUUCCUAAAAGAAGUGAAAUUUUGGAAGUGCCUAAACAAGUUGUUGUUUUGGAUUCAGAGAAUUUAAAAGAAAAUGGUUUAGUUGGGGAAUUAGGGUUUCCUUUGGUCGCGAAACCCUUAGUUGCUGAUGGGAGUGCAACCUCUCAUAAAAUGUAUCAAAUAUUUGAUACUGAUGGUUUACAGAGGCUAGAUGCACCUAUUAUCUUGCAAGAUUUUGUUAAUCACGGGGGUGUUAUUUUCAAAAUUUAUGUAGCUGGUGAUUAUGUUCAGUGUGUAAAGAGGAAAUCUUUACCUGAUAUUUCACGUGAGAAAUUGGCUACACUAAAGGGUUCUUUAUCUUUUUCUCAAAUAUCGAAUCUGAAUGCUAGAGAGAAGAGUAAGGGUGGUCAGGAUGAUGUAGUUGAUCUCGAGAAAGUUGAAAUGCCACCGUUGGGUUUUGUAGAGGAGAUAGCUAGGGCAAUGAGGGAGGAAACUGGGCUCAGUUUGUUCAACUUUGAUGUAAUUAGGGAUGCUAAAGUUGGGAAUAGGUAUCUUGUUAUUGAUAUUAACUAUUUUCCGGGUUAUGCUAAGAUGCCAAAUUAUGAGUCUGUUUUGACUGAUUUUUUCUUGGAUCUUGUUCGCAAUAAGGAGAGAGAGCUGAUAGCUGGUAGUAUUGAGGAUGGCGAGCAGGCAAGCAAUACUGGUGGCGAGCAAAAGGGGAACAAUGAUUGAAUUUGCUUGAAGAACAGAAUGCACUGCUUCAGAAGUUUGGAUAAAUGGAUGUUUUCAUGACUGGAAGGAAUCAGUCACCUUCUGCCUUUCAAAAAACCUCAUUUGGCAUUUCAUGCUUAAUUUUGUAAAUCCAGCCAAUCUGCCAAAUAUAGAUGUAGGAAAUCUGUCUUCAGGCUGAUGCAUUUAUGUUGCAGAGGGAUAGAUAUAGCAAAUUCAAAGUUGGAGUAAGAUACUCUUGGAAUUUGGUCAUAAUCGCUGUGUACUCAGUGAAUUUAUCAUUUCUUUUUCUAAAUGUUUUCAUCAGGCUAUCUUUCAUAAACGCCCUUCUUUAUAAAAUGGGGUCUGUCAUAGAGUGCUUUAGAAAAGUCUUUUCUUUAGAAGAGGGGAAAAUUUCCUACAUGCUAGUGAAGUUAUUCUAUUUAUUCAAAUAAUUAUAAAAGAAACUAGAGGCUUAAUUCCCCCUCUUAAAACUUGAUUCCGCCUUUCAUGUGUAUAAAAAGCCGUUUGGCUUUCUUCUGACGUUGGAACUAAAGGUGCAUCUGAAAUUCUUUUCAUGAA